GGAUGCUAUCCUACCCCGUGUCUCGAAACCGUGCCAGUUGAAUGUAUUUUUUCGCAUUUUUUACAAUUUCGCCGCAAGUGGUGGUGACUGCUCGGUUUGGAUGAUUUUUUUUUUGAAAAAAAUAUAGUGAUCAUGAUGAGAUCCUGCGUUUCCGAGUUCAAUUUGAACGGCGGCGUUACCGUAGAUUUGCCGAAGAUGAGGAGGAAGUCUCUGCCGAGAAAUAACUUCAGAGGUAUGAAGAAGGAGGAAUUGCAAAGGCGGACCAAUAUGUAUCUGGCUUCAAUGACAAUUGAUGAGCUUUACUGCGAGGUUCUAUACGAAAUUCUUCACAACGUAGGCUGCGAUGUCGCCUAUGAAAUUGGACAGACUGCCUUAUUUUCGUACGCACAAGAUGCCUUCAAAAUACCCAAUGAUAAGCACAAACACUUCAUGGAAAUCGCAGAGAAGAAAGAAGCUCCAGACCUGAUGGUGAACGUGGAGGUGAUCGAAGCAAAAGAUUUGAAACCGAAAGAUUCGAACGGUUUGAGCGAUCCUUUCGUUACUUUAUAUAUGACUUCCAAUGCCGCGCACAGAUACAAUACUUCCAUGAAGACUAUGACACUGAAUCCUGUGUGGGAAGAACAUUUUUCACUGCCUAUCACAGAGAACACUUUAGAAGACACAUUAUGCCUAGAAGUAUGGGACUUCGAUCCAGCCGAAUCAGUAAAAGAAAAAUUGGGAAAAAUAUUUGAAGUCAAAGGAGUGAAGGGAAUGCGAAAACUAAUGAAAGAAAUUGCAGUAACAGCUACAACCGGACAGCAUGAAAAUGAGCUAAUCGGCAGGGCACAAAUCCCACUCAGCACUGUUCCCGCCUCAGGAAUGACAAUGUGGUACAGUUUAGACAAGAAAAAUAAAGUCACUCGCCAGGGAGUACUUAAAGUGCGCGUAUCUUUCAGUUCGGAGAAAAACUGCCAAGUUGCGGAACAAGAGUAUCGUCAUAUGUUAAGGAUCAUUCUUCUGCACGAACUUGAAAUGUCCAAGGUUGCUCCCCACUGGUGGUGCGGAUCCUUCAGCCCGCAAGGGGAACAACUUCUCACUCAGCACAUUGCUCAAUCUGGAAUGGGUCCAACAGAAGUGGCCUUAUGUCAGUACUGCGUAUACUCUUUCAUUCACCAAAACCAUCCAUUGAGCCUUACCUUAUUUUCCAAGUUGCUCGAUAAACUUGUAAAACCGUUGCAAACAGGCUCGGUAUCAGAGGAAGACACCAAGUUGUUUUGGGAUGCUACAAAGAAAUUGUUACCCUCAUGUUUCAGCGUUGUGAGAAAAAUACGCAAGAAAAACAGCAACGAGAAAACAACAAUGAAGCAAGUUACAGAAGUUUUGAAAAUCCUCAAUAGUAUUCACUCUUUGGAGCCUCCGUCGAAUGUGAACCUCUUCCAGAAAAAUCUUUACCCGUGGAUAAGUUACUCUGGGGAAGAACCCAACUGUAAUAUCCCCGCCACCUUGAACGAUGCAGUAGUAAAGGGCGCAUCCGAUUGGUUGGACCAUAUUUUGGAAAAUAAUAAGCGGCCAGACGAAUCUGACGUAUCUAAAUUGCAGAACCUCAUACAGAUCAUUCAGCUAGUUCGGAGUGAUUUGCAGAAGGCGAUUGAGUAUUAUGAUAAAAUUUUCCAAGAGACGGUUAAUUUUCAGUACGCCAAAGCCCUCUAUGUGUACUACCAAUCAAGCAUAUCCACAAUGUGUGAACCUGCGGUCGUGGAAAUUUGCAAGAAUCUGAAAAGACUGAAUUAUGAAACCAAUAACAUUGAAAAUGGUAUCGAUCCUCUGUCCGAAGGGACUUCCCUGUUUGAACUUUAUCUCGCUGUGCAGAGAUUUGCGACCCUAGGAACGGGGUUAUGUCCUGCUGAUUGCGACAGUUUUCACAUAAAGAAUUUCCAUCAGUGGUUCCAUGGUGGCGUUGCGCAGUGGUUGGAUAUUGCUGUUUACAAGGCUCUUCAACGUAUUGAGAAAGCCGUGGAGUUGGAUACUUUGGUCCACGUCGACAACACAGUCAAGUACAGUUCCUCCGCUGUUGAUACUCUGACGAUAUUCUACCAGGUUAAAGUUUUUUGGCAACAACUGAACUGGCCAGAUAUCGAGAGCUGCUACUCUUUCAUUGCAAAAAUAAUUGACGACAUCUGCCGAUGCAGCGUAUUUUAUGCUGAUAAAAUGUCGGCUAGAGUUGAUGGUCUAGGACAUACGCAGGACAUUUAUGAGAAAAAAUUCGAAGUAACGAACGAAUGGUGUCUUGCAAUAAACAACAUUGAUUAUAUCCGGGAAACUCUGGAACCGUUCACCAGAGACUUGGGAAUGGAUGAUAUAAUCAAGAAAAUCUCGGAUCUUAAAAGUCCCCUUGAGGCUCAGAGAUGUCAACAAACACUGGACACAGUUAUCGCUAACUCAAUUGACACAGUAAGGAACAAAAUUCUUGAGUUACUAGAGACUGUCGUAUUUAAGAUGAUGCCAUCGAUGAAAAGACUCCUGAUUGAAGGUGCAGAACUGUGUAAUCAGGACAGCAACAGUAUUGAUAGACUCAUGAUGUACGUUGACAAUAAUUUAAGCACCUUACACAGAGAACUGAAUGAGGAAAAUUUCGACAGAACGUUGGAGAUUGUUUGGGACAUGUUGGCUGUGACUUUGGGAGAAAUAAUUCAAUCAAACUUAGAUAAUAGAAGACCACCUUCGUUUUUCGAAAAUCUUCGCAAAACACUUAAACUGAUGAUAGGAUCGUUCAAGAAUCCUGACGACUGUGAUAAUUGUAAUUCUUUGAAACGGACUGACAAUAUUUUAAGGAUAAACGGCUUGGAAACUGCGGAUUUGAUACAUCAGGUCCAUCUGGAUAUGGCAGAAGAAUUCAAAGGAAUAAAAGAAUCACCAUAUGGAGAAAUAUCGGUAAAAGCAAAAUUUGAGGAAAAUACCCUGACAGUUGAAGUCAUGAAUGCAAGAAAUUUAAUUGCCAUGGAUUCCAAUGGUAAAUCUUCGAGAUCGAGUAUGCAUGAAAAUUAA